AUGGCUGAAUACCGGUCGUAUCGAUACGUGGAGUCAGCUUGUAUAAUUGAAUCUCUGAUUUUUAUUCUCAUAUUUUAUCUUGUCGCUACUCCAUCUUGGCAAGAUAAAUUGUUUGACAAUGUUUUGAGGUUAAAAGGAUUAGGAGAUGUGUUGGAUAAACGGAGACAUAUUAACAAUUUCGUUUUAUUAUUUCGUGGCAUUGGAUUUGGAAUUGAAUUGACAGUUAUUCAGGUAUUCCUCCUCAUCAUCACCAUACCAAUUAAUGCUAUUCCAAUUAUCGGGACUGUUUUAUAUUGCAUCAUUAAUGGAUGGCCAUUAGCUUGGGGUCACCAAAUUUAUUACCACAUGACGAUUAAAGAAUGGACCGUAAAAAAAUCUAGGGAAUUUGCUUGGAAAAAUCGUUAUGAUUAUAUCUCAUUCGGUGCCGUUGGAAUGGCUCUCCAAUUGAUCCCUGUAGCCAAUUUCAUCUUCUUCUGGACUACUAUCGUUGGUGCUGCCUUAUGGACUGCUGAUGUUCUCAUUGAAGAACAAAAGGCUGCUGAUGAUGAAGUGGAUCAAAACGAACAAAUCGUUACUGUUGAGGCUGUCGGAACCUCCUAUCAAAGCACGCCAGUAAUAGACGAGUCUACCGUUGUUAAUACUUCCACCGUUAACAAUUAUGGUGCUACACUUAGCACUAAUUAA